AUGGAAUCAGCUCCUUUUGUUGUUGUCCUGGUGCAUUUUACAGCAAAGUUCAUAGUGAUUGGAUCCCAUAACCCUGUCACAGCCAUCCUGGGUCAGGAAGUUGUGUUACCUUGUCACCUGUCCCCCCGGAUGAGCGCUGCAAACAUGGAGGUGAGAUGGUUCCGAUCUGAGUUUGCAUCUAUUGUGCAUCUGUACUAUGAUGGGAAGGAUCAGUACGACAUGCAGAUGUCAGAAUAUCAGGGAAGGACAGAGCUUAUGAAAGCUGGACUCACAGAAGGAAAUGUUCAUCUGAGGAUUCUCAAUAUCAGACGCUCUGAUGAAGGACAAUACCUCUGUUUUGUACAAGAUGAUACUGUUUAUGAAGAAGCUGUAUUGGAACUGCGAGUAGCAGAUCUGGGUGCUGCUCCUCUCAUCUCUAUUGAGGGUCACCAGGAUGGAGGGAUCCGGGUAGUUUGUCAAUCAGCCGGUUGGUAUCCAGAGCCUGAGGUGCAGUGGAGAGAUCUCAGUGGACGACAUUUAUCAUCACUUUCUAAAACAACUUCCCUCGGGGAUAACGGCCUCUUUGAAACAGAAACUGCGCUCAUUGUAAAAGAACAUUCAAACAAAAACUUGUCCUGUUGCAUCAGAAACACCCUUCUCAAGCAAGAAAAGGAGUCAGCAGUUUAUAUAUCAGAUUCCUUUUUCCCAAAGGUGAAUCCCUGGAUGGUGGUUCUGACUGUGAUCCUGGUGGUUUUGUUUGGUUUCAUUGUCCUCACUGUUUAUUUGUUUAAAAUGAAAGGAUUGUGA